CACUAGGGAUGCCUAGCAAAACGCUCUGCGAGCUUGCGCUGCGCGGUCCUUAGAUUCGAGGGAGGGCAGCCCAAUCACCGUAGAAAUAAAGUCGUCAAGCACACAAGUCGCAGUCCUGCACCCGGGGGCUGCCCACUCUCUCCGCCAUGAGGCAAAUCGUCAAGCCCAGGGACUUGCACGGGGACCAGAUCGAGGCCUGGCAAGAGAAGCAGGUCGAGCUGGCCGCCCAGCGCUGGAUCGCCGACGGCGACGCCCCGCUGCCGCGCGAAUUCGAGAAGGUGGCGGACCUCACCAGCUUCCUGGCGAGCGUGGGCCUGCGCGAGGUCUUCAAGAGCGAGCGGAAGCGAGUAGACAAGCAGCGGCGCGUCGACGCCGUCGUCGCGGCCAUCGUUUCCGAGCGGCGCCGCGUGCGCCUCGCCGGGCCCACGGCCUUCCUCUUCCGGAACCGCAGGCUGGAGCUGCCUCAGCCGGUGGGGCUGCAGUUCCUCACGGUCCGGGAGCUCCUCCAGUUUCGCGCGGUCGAUCGGUCGGCGCGGCGCGCGGGCGAGCAAGACCACCACUGGAUCCCGCGCCUCCGCGCGGCCGGCGUCACCGCCGACGCACCGGGCGCCGCGCCCGUGGAGACGGAUUGGGAUUGGCGCGACAUCUACAGAAGUCUCGAUAAGUUCCGCGGUAUCAAAAACGUGGAGCGCGAUCGCGCGGACGCGGAAGCCAAAGCCAUGGCGCAGAAUGAUCCCGCGGUGCUGGCGUGGCUCCGGGCAGAGGUUGAAAAGGUGGUUAGGCCUCCGAGGCCAGGGAUGCCCCCCGACAGAAUCGAUUACAUCACGCAGAGCAUCACGCAAGCCCUCCUGGAUGCGACGUCGGCUGAGAGCGUCAAGCGUAGGGCUGCAAAGGACCUCGGCCCAUCGUUCGCGAGCGCGACGCUCGCUCGCGACCUCUGCGUGAAACGCGGCCUAGAGUCUGCCUGGCGUCCCGUGGCGCGGGGCGGCAUGCGCUGGCCGCGGACGAGGGCCAUGGAUAGGUUCCUCGAAGCCGUACUCUACCGCUGGUCCCACGCCAAGAGCGGUGAGAAGGUCGCACUCACGCAUGGUCGCUAUAGAGACAAAACCCCGUGGUCGACACCGUACGCGGCCGCGCGCCGCGCGAGCUACCACGAUUCUCGCUGCCUCGAAGUCAAACGGGGCCGCGACGAAUUCAUCGGAAAGACCUUCCGUGCCUCGUGCUCGGAGAAAAAUGGGUGCCAGUGCGAGUCGGCGAACUACGGGCGGCAUCCUACCGUUUGCCUCGGCAGCUCGGCCCUUUCUGCCGGGCGCCACGCGUGGUGGAUCAACUAUUCCACAAGGAGAGUCUUUAAGCGGUCACGGACGCUAGGCUCGAGUUGGGCCGACAUCCAUCUGUACGUAGGCAUCGCGACGACCGCGGUCGAUCGCACGCGUCCGCUUGGCUUGGAUGGGGCGGGCUUCGGCGUCUGCGUGGAGCGGCCCAUCGGCGCCUGCGCCUUUCACGACGGAAGGUGGCUAGACGCGCCUUACAUCCACGGGGGGAAAGCCCUGCUUGCCCUCGAGAUUAAGGAGGACGGAUCCGCCACGCUGGCGAUAUCGAGCAAGGGCUGGGCCGACCAGACGCCGAGGAUUAUCGCCGAAGGCCUACGACUCACCGGCGGUCCGGCGUUGCGUCCGGCCGUGUCGUUCUGCGACGGUGCGCUGGUCGACAUUGAGCCUCUCGUCGAACCGCCCCGGAACCUCAUGGCCCCGGGACCACCCCCCGGUGGUGACUGGUGGCACCACGUCCAGACAGAAUGCCUUUGCGGUAUUUCCUGUCUUUGCGAGCAUGAGUCGGAGCACCGUGACCCAGUGCGGAUGCCCCGGCCCCGGGGGCGCUCGGGCUAGAAAUAAAUAAGUUUACU